AUGACAGAGAGGACCCCAUGGUGGAGGGCAUUCCUGCCCAAGAAGAAAAGUGGGGGCAAAGACCCAACCCAGAACUUAGACGUAGACUUUGACCCUUUUGCACAACGCCCCCAGAAGCAAAAGGAACCCAACAAAGCUCCAGGUGACCCCUCUCAACCAGACUCCAACAAGGGCCCCAGCCACUCCAGCGAGGAAACCAUUGAUGACAACCGUUUUGACUCCAUGUUCAAUGAGCAGACAUGCCGCAGGAACCUGGCCGUGUCACGCUCGGGUCGGUUCAAGGAGAAGAGGAGGGUACGAUCGAGCCUUCCCAUACAGGAAGGAGGGACUGAGAGUGUGGCGACAGGUAAAGAGGAGAGACGGUGA